UUCUCUGUGAGUAUCGUUAUGGAUGAAUGACCUUCCUCCCGCUUGAGCCAAAAUGUCCACGGUUGCCUGACGCUGUUGAAGAAGCAGUGGAUGUGAAAACAGCGCCAUUUCUGUCGGCGUCCAUGAUACGCUAUGCUACCGCAGCGGAUUCCAGAGCUCGAGCUCGGAUCGGCAGCGGGAGAGAAAUAGCCGCUCCCCUUUCGCUGCUCCUCUUUACUUCAGCGCACGGCAGGUUGUGCCGGUGAAGUAAGACGUAGCCCCAGUAUGGACCCUUCCAACUAAGACGCAAACACACUGUGUGUUUUGCUCAACAGCAUAAGCCAUGCCUGACGAGUAACCCCCCCUUUUUUUGCUAAAAGCAAUAAAAAAAAAAAACAUCCUACAUGCCUCCCCAUGUAGAGCCCCUUCAGUGCGUCCUGCUGGAGUGACUGCCCCCCUCUUCCCAAGGUUCUGCCUCGUCCUCUCUUUGUACCCUUCUCCACGGACCACCCUUCAGUAACUACCAAACAUGAUGCUGCUCCACCUGAGAAUGGCCUACACCUGAGGUCCCAUGCGUCCAGUGAGCACCGAUUCAGACGGUCCUGCUCCUCCUGAAAACCUCUCUUGCCCCUACCCCCUCGUGGGCCCCCUGCCUGCCUCAGAGAUGUCCCUGCUCCAGUCCCUGGGUCCAGUGCAAAGCUGGCUCGGCCAGGAGCUUGAGAAGUGCGGGAUUGAUGCCAUGAUUUACACCCGCUACGUGCUCAGCCUUCUCCUGCAUGACAGCUAUGACUAUGACUUGCAGGACCAGGAAAAUGACAUCUUCUUGGGCUGGGAGAAGGGAACUGGGAAGAAAUGGGGCAAGAGUAAGAAGAAAGGAGGGACAGACCUGAGUCUUGAGGAAAUGAAGAAGCAAGCUGCUGUGCAAUGCCUCCGCUCUGCAUCUGAUGAAAACUCUGGAAUUGAGAGCCUGGUUGAAGAGCUUUGCUCUAAACUUAAGGACAUCCAAAACAAACAGAAAGAGGAAAAACAGAUUCAGAAGAAAUCUGAUGGCGCCCAGUCUCCAGAACGAGCUGAGUCCCCCUCUUCAAAGGACCAGGUGGAAAUGUAUUAUGAAGCCUUCCCUCCUUUGUCAGAGAAACCUGUUUGUCUCCAAGAGAUCAUGACGGUGUGGAACAAGGCUAAGGCUUGCGCUUACUCAAGUUCAUCAUCUUCGGCAGCCCCACAGACCAGCACAGACACCUCCUCCCCUAAAGAUUGCAACAGCGAGGGCGAGGCUGCAAAGGAACGAAACCCAGAGGCGUGUGGUACCAUCACUACAGUGACCAAUGAGAGAGGCCAGCAACGACGAAGCAAGAAGGAGAAAGAAAACAGAUACCAUGGUGGAGCAGCAGCAGAGGAGAAGUCGACCGUCCACUCAAAGAGACAGACCAGACACAGAUCUGAGGGCAAAUACAGACCCAGAUCUUGGUCGUCUGGCUCCAGCGAGGCGGGCUCAAGCUCAAGUGGGAACCAGGGUGACUCCAAGUCAUCCAGAAGCAAGGCAGUUAGAAUACGGCACAAAUCCAGGGAGGCUGUGAAGAACAAGAGAGCACGCAACAGUGGGCAAGUGAAGCUUCAGGUGAAGGUCAUCGACAAAGAGGAGCGAAGAAACGCAGGAGGGAGCAGUAGCAGCGCCACAGGAGGAGCUGCCAAGCAACCACAGCUUUACAAAAAGGGGAAGCGACCGCUGAAGGAGAUUCGUAAAGAUCCAGGCUGGAAGGAAGCGAAAGAGUCCGGAGUUGAGGCCAGAAACAAAAAAGAGUACAUGGAAGAGCCACUUUGGUACACUGAGCCCAUCACAGAGUAUUUUGUACCUUUCAGCAGCAGACAAAGCAAGCUGGAAACGAAAUAUCGAAGCAAGGUCGACUCUCCUGAUGGCUUUGCUUUGGCAGCCGACAUGGAGAGGCUGCCGGAGAGAAUCCAGGGAAUCUGCAUUGCCAACGAGAGCUACCAGAGAGCGUACCUAGCAGCAGGCUCGUUUGUGGAUGGGCACUUUGUGGAAGGGCCUGGCGAGGCAGAAGACGAACCUGCUGAACUCACUGGGACCUCAAGCUGCCCUCAGCCCGAGGAUAGUAGAGAUUUAGAUGACAAGCAUCUGUCUGAAUUCACUCACUUCUAUGAAGUGGAUAUUUAUCAAUCCAUACUGGAUACUAGUGCCUCAGACUCGAUACAAGAGAGUCGGAUCCUAAGCAUGAUUCGACAGAAAAGCAAAGAGCAAAGAGACGUUGAGGCAGAAUGUUGUUUAGUGUUAGAUGGCCUUGAGCAGCAAGGGAAAAGUGCAAUACGGGCAGACUCACAGGAAGCUUCGGGAUCUGUUGGAUUCUUAAUGGAGGAUCUUGAAACCAUGGCUCAAGUGUGGGGAUGUUAUUCGCCAUCUACUUCAGAAGAUAUAGAUGGAGAAAGCUUUGUAGGAGACUCUCCCAUCCGGCUCUCUCCCCUCCUCGAUAGUGUUUCAUUCACACUGAGCAAACUAUCGGGGCAUCUGGAGGAGCCGCCUGUUCCUGAAGCCACCCGUGAACCAUCUGGUUUGAACUCAUCCUGCUUCUCACUUUUCGAGCUGCAGUAUGACAGCCCCACUUUUCCUUUUCCCCGCGACUCACUCACCGUUGGUCAUGAAAACAACACAGAUUCUAGUAGCUGUCUCGACCCCCAUUCUAAUAAACAGUCUCGUUUGCUAAUAUGGACCAAAAAUAGUGCCUUUGAUGAAACUGAACACUGUUCGAACCUUUCGACAAGAACUUGCAGUCCGUGGUCACAUUCAGAGGAGACUCGUUCAGACAACGAGCAAGGAAAUGUUCCAACAGAGGAUGCUGCUCAUAUUGGCAACGAAGAGAUUGAUUGUAUAAUCCCUCCGCUCUCUGGUACAUAUCUGGAGGACGAAAUCUUGGAGUUUUUGCAAGAAGACUCGGGGCGCAAGUGUGAGGAGGUCAGUGUUAAAACAACAACCAAUCAGACCUUCAUCAAAAAGUCAAAAUUGGAGUCCAUUUGUGGGAUAGCAUUAGAAGAAGACGAGAGUAAACAGUACAGCACUGGCAUGUUUUCGGACAACACAAACCAACACAGUGAUGACUACAGCUCAGGGAUAAUAAAGGACAUUUGGACUGCAAUAGGAGACGACAAAUCUGUAAUGUCGAGGCAAGGAGCAGAGAAACCAAGGGAGGGGCUAUUUUCAGAUGAACCAGGCGGUUAUUGCUGCAGCUGUCUGGAGGUGCAGGCAAAAGGAGGUCCAAUUCAAGGACCUCAGAAAAAAGCAGUGCAGCGGUCAGAGUAUCACUUGUGGGAAGGCAAGAAAGAAGAGCAAGACUUAGCCAAAAACAAACUCUGCAAGGUGGAUGCUGCCGGGGAUUAUAUGACUCCGUCCAAGCCCUGGGACUUAAACUCUGACAAGGAGAAUACAUCGUUCAUCCUGGGAGGGGUUUAUGGAGAGCUGAAGACACUAACUGGCGAUAAGAAUUGGGCUGUUGUGCCGCCAAGCGACAGCCAAGAAAGCUUGCUAACAUGUGCUGCUGCAGCUGCUUCUGCUUCUAGCUCAGACAUGCUCACCAUCACUGGCACAGAUGUGUUCAUGAACACUGGCAGCUGCUUUGCUCCUGGACACAAGCCCUUGUGGAGGCCUCUUGUGUCCUUCGGGCAGACUGACCAGGCUAUCAGAGGAGGCGGGGAUGGAUUGAAUAAGGGAUUUUCUUUCAUCUUCCAUGAAGAUUUGCUCGGAUCUUACGGAGGCUUGCACAGUGAGGAGCAAGGUUUGGAAUAUCCGUUCACAUCCUUCAACCUGAACAAUCCCUUCUCCCAAGUCCUCCAUGUUGAGUGUUCCUUUGAGCCUGAAGACAUGGCAUCGUUCAGUCCGGGGUUCAAGCCCAAAUCGAUUCUUUGCUCGGACUCUGAGAACGAAGCCUUUCACCCUAGAAUAUACGGCAUCAACAGGACGCAGUACAGGGCCAUCCGCAUUUCCCCCAGGACUCAUUUCCGACCAAUAUCGGCCUCCGAGUUGUCUCCUGGUGGAGUGAGCGAUUCUGAGGCUGAGACUGACAAAGAGGAGAUGAGUUUUCCCGUCCUGGCGCCGGUGGACGUCUUUGAUGAUCCUCAGGCUGACCUCAAACCUCUUGAGGAGGAUGCAGAAUGUGAGGGCCCUUAUUAUGGGAAGUCAGAACUGGAAUCUGGUAAAUUCUUACCCAGAUUAAAGAAGUCUGGCAUGGAGAAGAGUGCCCAGACCUCUUUGGAUUCACAGGAGGGUUCCAGUACCCUUCUGCCAAUCGCUGAGCAAGAGAUUUGCUUAGACUGCAAAACGGCAGCGGCUGCUUCAACUGCAGGUGGAGAGACGGGUGUCUCAGUCUGCAAGAUUCAAAAGGAGGAAUCUUCAGGAGAAAAACAGUCCUGCUUAUGUGCACCAGCAGGUCAGAUCCCCAAGUAUGGGAUCACUUAUGACUUUGUUGGAGAAAUGCCAGAGUUCCCUCUGUUAAAUGUAAGUGGACAGGGAGGAACUAGCAACCAGCAGGAUGAGUGCUGGUGGCAGAACACACUCUGUUCCCCCCUUUUCCCUGGAUCUCAGUGUACAGGGAGCAGCAACAUUUGAAUACUCCAGUUUUGCAGAGGACACCUGUCGUGGAGGGGGCCCUCCUCUCCUUUUGUGACUGGACCUCUACCAGCAAAGAUUCAGGGUCAUCUCAGAGCUGGAAAACCUAACGUAGGCUCAUUUUCUGAGAACACCCAACCAAAACACCCCACACAUAACCCUGCUGGUUUUCAUUUACUAACUUAAAAACCUUGUGUAAUCAAUCAGAUCAACAAAAAGUGAGUGAAAAUAGGAAAACUCAAAAAAUAUGUUCUGUCUUUGAGUGAUGCCAUGUGCGGAAAUGCAUUUUAGGCGUUUUUAGAAUUUGUUUCAUUUGAUUCUUCUGUACACUGGUCCUCAUUCGAGUCUCACCAUUGGGUAGUUGGGACAAUCUUUUGUUCUAUCCUUGUCAGUUUUGUUCCCACCAUUUUUGCUUUUUGAACUAGGAUACUGGUAGUUGUUGGUGUCUGAAUGGUUGUGCAUGUGUGUUCGUCCAGCCAGUCUCACUCCUCCUUUUCUGAUGUUGUGUGAAAAAUGACUGCUAUCGCAUCCUCUACUUUCCAUCUUUGUGUUCAGAAAGAUUAUACAAGGAUGUUGAGGUUUCUGAGUUGUGUAAGAGUUUGAGAGUUUAAUUUAAAUAGUUUGUUUGGACGACUUUCUGAAUGUGAAGUAGAGAAUGUGUGCAGCUUUCUUCUAAAUAUCCCCAAACAUCCCCUCCAUGUGUGAAAAGUUAUCAUAAAUGAGUCUGAUUUUUGAAUGGUGAUAGUCUUGCAGAAGCUAGUAGUAGACUUAGUAUGGUUUGUGAGGCUAAAAUAAAAAGAAAAAAUCUUUUAAAAAUAAAAAAACAGGAAAUCAAAAAUGAGUUUUGUUGGAAAAAAUACUAAUAAUCUACUUGAAAUGCAAUGCUGUAAAAGAACCGAGGGGAAAAAAGAAAAAAAGUUUGUGUUUUGCGGUAAAGCCCCAUCAUGAAAAGACAAAACUACAGCCAUUUCUGCAGACACCUUUGUUGCAACUGAACUGUUUUAUUUUUUGUAAUAAUUUCUAUGGUACAAACUAUUGGUGCUAUAAAUAUGUUCAAUUUGAAGUUGCAGUUCCAUAAAUACGGCUGUGAUGGGUAGGAAGCUUAGUUUUGUUUGUAGUCCACAAAGUCAGACUCCAUGAAUAUCUUUUUGCGAAAAAAAUUGUGAAAAGAAGAAAAAAGUUUCUUGCUAAAUGUGGCUUGGUUUUUUUAUUUUAACGUAACCUCUCAGUUGUCAGGCCUGUAACGACAAAAAUUGCAGGUGUUUUAAUCUCAAUUUUCUACGCACCUUUUCAGUUGGUUGUCACUGAGCAGGAAGGACAAAAUCAGCAUCGAUAGAUGGUAAAUUGACCCUUUGUUUGCCCCGGCCUCCUUUGUUACUGUUACUAAGUUAGACAGAUUUUGUUGCAUGGCUGUUUAAUAAUUUGAUUCUUUUGUAAACCUUAGUGAAAGGUAAAAGAUGCAGUAGGGUGUCUGAAGAUGACUCAGAAUCUCUGCAAACUUGUUAAAAUUGUUGAAAAUAUUAAUGAUGUCUGAUGCAAGAGAUGUCGACUGACGUUGUCUUGGAGAUCCACAAGUUUUUGUUUUGCAAAAGUGAUAAACCAGAUGUUCCACAUCCUUUGCUGGCAUUAUCAAGUUAAUCUUAGCUGAUUUCAUACAGCUAUUUAAGUGUAGUUAAAAUCUAAAACCUCAGUCCUUAGAGAUCACAUGAGAUGCAUAAAUCACCUUAAAACACACUUUAAAGUGUAAGGAAUUAUGAUGAAUUAAGAAGAAGACUUCAGCUGAUGUAGGUCUGUUGGUCUAGCCUAAGACUCCACAAACUUAUUUGUUUUAUGGCCAGGAUUUACAGAUGAUAUAGGCAGAUUUUUAAAGUAAAAAGUGUGUUAUAAAUAUUGGCAAAAAUGCUCCCAUCUGCAGAUACUGAUGUUCUACCCCCAUUAGGCACCAUCCAAGAGUUGAUUUACUGCUAGUAUCGGGGAAAAACACGGAACAAUACCCAACCCUAAUGCAAUAAUAUUGCGUACUAAAAACUGUAAACAUUACAGGUUGUUUGUAGAUUGCAUCUCAUUAUAGCAGAGAGCUCCAGGUGGGGGUAGGAAUCUAUUGUUGCAUAGAGAAGCGCUAUCAAAACGCGAAACCUGCCUGUUGGUUACGGCUUGGAGACCGCUGCUUUUGCGUCAUGAAAAAGUGACACAUUUUUUUAUACGCUGACUUUUGGGCUUCAUUGUGGUCACAUGACUGCAAGCAACCUGUAAAGAUGAACUGUGGCUAUUUCCAAAGACUGCUGUGCAGUCAAGUUUUGUGUUGUUGACAAAAUGGGAUUCUGUUCCGAGCCCAAACUGCUCAGUGUUUCAUGGCAUAAAUUUGAUUGGUUGAAAAUGUUCAGGACUUUGGGUUGGGUUGCUUUGGUGUAAAUCCUAAAGCUAGACUAGUAAAGACGCACCGCCCCCGAUCAUACUUUUGCCUGUCAUAUUCAAUUUUAUAACACUGGUUUGUCUUUGGUAGAUAUCGAUAUGAAAUCCACAGUUAGGAAGCAGGAUGGAAAAUACUCCUGGAUUAUGAUGUGACUAUCUUCAGUCGCUCUUCCAGACACCCUGAGCAGACCCUUUCACCUGUUCAAAUAACAAAAUUAAGGUCAAAAUUUUACUGUGACAGAAAGAAAAGACAUGACCUGGAUGAAAGCUUGUCUAACUGAAAGUAGUAACAGUUGCUUUGAGAGGGGGCUCUCUGAUUGGUUGUUCAGCGGACCAAUCAGAGAGCCAACAAAGGGUCGAUUACUCAUGCUGCACCAAACAUAAAGCUAAACAAGUUGUGGGGUGAUGGUCAAACCAAAAACAUGAUCAGCAUAAUUACACUAAGGUACAAUGCUUUUCUUUCCAUAUGAGGCGUGUCUUUUAUUUUUUAGGUUUACGAUAUAUCGUGUUGAAAUAUUGAGUAACGUCUCACUGUGUGAGUGUGCGCGUUUGUUGGCUACAGAACUUGUGAAGGUUCAGAAUGAGUGGAACUAGAACUUUAUCUCAGAGAAAUGUGAAUGUGUGCAGAGACGUACAUUCACUAAAUGCAAAUGCAUCAAAAACAUCCCCUUAAAUAUAAACCGUUGACGAAUUGAGUACUAAAUACUUGCUGUGUUUCAGUUCUUAUGACCUGUGCUUUCAUUAAUACAGGAAUUUGAAGCUCCUGAAGAUGCAAAUGUUAGAGAUCGACUGAUAUGGGAUGAUAUGGUUUUCCAGUUUUCCAGUAUGUGUAGAAUUUAUUUCCAAAAAAUGACAAGUGUGAAAAUUUAAAAGAAAGCUGUCAUUGGGUAGAUAAGCAGCAGAGCAAUACUACAUCUGUAGCAGUGGCUAAAAUUCAAUUUAAGAACAUCAAAGGUUAAUUUUUGCACCACCUUCUACCACAGAAAAAAAGUCCUUUAAAAACUAUUGUGGAUGUUAUAACCUGGAAAGAUGAAAAUCUGGCCCUCAACUAAUCUUUUGUCAGCUAUUUCUUUUUUUUGCACAUGCCCUAAACAACCUAUCAUGGAAACCCUCAUCACAUUUUCUUUUUGCUCACUGCAGCUUAAAGGCAUUUAUUCAUAAAUGCCUAUCCACCUUAUUCAUAGCCCCCAUGAUACUUAGUGGUCCCCUCUGUCUAACAGGGAUUUGGUAUAACAGAAGCUAAUUCUGAUUAUGUGAGCGAUUUAGAGAUUAAGACUUGUAAGUAAUCUGUUACACUUGAAACACGGUAAUAUUAUUAUUCCUCCACCUUCUACUGGAGAGGACAAAAUGAGGUAAAUGCCUUCAAUAAGGUGAAUUUAGUUAACUUUAUUAGCUUCAUAUCAGUGUUUGCAUAGUAAUAGGGACAGUUUUCUUGAAGGAGGUGGGACUAGGGAUGAGUAUCGAAAUCCGAUACCAUCAUAGUACCAGUUUCAGAUACCAACCCUAAUGAAUUACAAGUCAGAUUUUGGUGCUUCAUUUCGGUAGCUCACCACUCCAAAGGAAGGCAUGAAAGAUGUUAUUGGAAGAAUUUACACCCGUUUCCUUUACUUGUUUGUGAAAUUGGCGUCUUAUUUUUGAAUCAUGGACGAUGCAGAGAUGACUUUUAAAACACUCUUCUCUUAAAAGUUUUGGUUCAAGCACCCUUUAGGCACCGGUAACUUUGAAUAUUAAAAACUCAAACGAUAGCCAGCCCUAGGUGGGACAUGGCCUUAUCCUCUUUAAAGCUUUUGAUUCUAGACUGGAUCGGCAUCAGGAUCCAAGACCUCCUCGAGAGAACCCGUGACCCAAAUUUUCGAAAAAUGUGCAACCACUCAAGUUUAUUUAUGAAAAAUUGUUGCUGUUUGGACCUUAAAUGGGGAAAAAAACCAGAACAAAGAGACAAGACAGGAGUAACAAGUUUAGGAAGUACAUCAUUACAGAAGGACAUGCAUGCAUACAUGUUAUUUUACUCCAUUUUCCCAAGACAGCACUAAAAAUUGGUUAUUUCUCAAGUAUUUUUUCAUUAUCUUGGUAAAACCAGUUGUGUUAUACAGAGGAAAAAAGACAAGAGAUCUAAAGAAAGAUACAGAAGUUUACUUGUCAUCAUAGGAAAACUUAAAAAAAUAUGUGUGUAAAUUUACUGUAUGUCCACUUAAGCAUUUUUACUGACACACAUUUGUGAGACACUGUUUGGCCCCUAACCACUGCUUUAACGAAGAUGAGCCCAUUCAGAGCUCUCUUUCGUUUGUUGGGUUCUUCACCAGCUAGUCCCUCUUUAAAUGUGUGAAUAAUAUUAAUAUCCAUGAUUGACUUGGUCGGCUCUUCUGUUCACUACUUCUAAAAUUCCCUAUCAAUAAUGAAUAUUUAAAUAAUGACAUCCCUGAUGCAUUCAGGAGUAACGAACAUGUGUAAAACACUGUUGUUAGAGAAGGAUAUUCAACUAUAAAUGCACAAACAGGGCAACGGGAACCAGAACCUGGGCUAAAUUGAGGAUUUGUGCUUUUCAGAACCUCAGAGUCACUCUCCUCUGUGAUUAACGUGUUUUUGCCGCUAUCGUUACUUCACCAGACGUUCCAACCACUGUCAUACCAUGCACUUUUUCAGGUUUUUUUUCACAAGUAAAGCUUUACUGACUUAACUUUUUAUUACAUUUAUAUUGAUUCUGAAACCACGUUUGCAUUAAGGCCAUUUCACAUUACAUUACGGCAUUGCAUUGCAGAAGUGCGAGAGAGCAGCAAGAGCUUCAGAAACCUCUAUUACUACCUCUGAUGACGUUUUCUUCUCUAAAACUGUUAAAUCAGUCGGCCUCUAACAGAUGCAUCAUUGAAUUUUUUUAUCUACCCAAUAUUUUAGUGGCUUCAAUUUUCAGUAAAAGUAUAGACGUUAGCCGAGCGACUAACUCGUGACUCUAGCUGACAACUGAAGCACAGAUCGCUGAAAUCGUCUUCUUUGGUUUAAAUAAAGCUAAGUCAGCAGCGAGCAGACGCUGUAAUGCACUGUCGCAGGUGAAGGUGUCUCUGUCACAGGCAUGGCUUUACAAACAGCUUCCUUGUUUAAAAAAAAAAAAAAAUGCAACGAUUGUAUGUCCAGGUUCGUUCGAUCCAACGCUGACUGACCCCCAAGUAGCGGAACGAGAGGUACUCCAACUUCAGGGUCUUUGUCACCUUUCUUUGACCGUCAUCAGACACUCAGGAAUUUUUUAAUACUGCUUCAUUUUAACACUCAGACCUGUGACAGUGCAUCGAUGCAUUAAUGUAAAACCUUUCUUUGAUUGUAGGGCAGAAAUUAUUGAAGCAAACCACACACGUGGCUGUCAUUGGUUUAUAGUUCACGGGGAGGAAAAACAAACAGAAUAAGCCAUCGUGGGUUGCAUAAGCAAUGCUGAGGGUUACACAAGAGGUCCUAUGCAAUACCUUGGCGCAUGUAAACAUUCAAGAGUAUAUGGAGAAGAGGCAUUCAGUUAAUUUUGCAUGUUUGAUUUGGAGUGAGGGAUACGAGAGAAAAAACAAAGGAAUGUCUCUAAAAAUGCAGCAUGCAAACAUCACACUCCAUCUUUCUGUUGGGUUAACUGAAAUAUUUUACUUUAAAAUACAAGAGGUUAAAUCAGAUCGAAAGAAUGUUUCGACUGUGUGAAUCUGUGAGUGAAUGUGUCACAAAAAAGCACUUAGGAGUUGAAAGGAAUGCAUCACACCUUUCUCCAUUUGAUUCUUCCAUUUUGAUAGGCUGUGUGUUUAAAAAUUAAAAACAAUGACGAGAAAAUGCAUUCAGUGAGGGGUCUAUAUGCAUUUGGAACGACACAGAAAGCAGAGUUUCAGUUGGUCUGAAGAACAUAUCCAGCACUGAAAAACUUCCUCGUCUUUUCAUUCCCACCCAGACGCCCCUCCACCCUCCCCCUCCUCUCCUCCACGGUCCUGAAUCCCCCGCCUGUCCCCAGUAGCUCUGUUGUUCUGAUUUCAUGUACACCCUGAGUAAAUUAUUUUGUUUCAUUGUGGAUUUUCUUAACAUCUAAUAAAGGAAUAAACCAAACCUCA